AUGGAUCGCAUGCCCACUGCAUUGCAUGGGAGGGACAGUGGCGGGUUCCAGAUGGUUUCCCUGGUGGAGCUGUCCGAAGUGGCGGAGGAGGGCGUCCGCUUCCGGUCCCCGUACAAUGGGGAGGAGAUCCGGCUGACGCCAGAGAAGUCUAUUGAAAUCCAGAACGCGCUGGGCUCGGACAUCAUGAUGCAGCUGGAUGACGUGGUGAGCAGCACCGUCACAGGGCCCCGGGUGGAGGAAGCCAUGUACAGGUCGAUUCGCUGGCUGGAUCGCUGCAUCGCUGCCAACAGCAAACCCGCUGAGCAGAGCCUCUUCGCCAUCGUCCAGGGCGGGCUGGACCCUGCCCUGCGCACCAAGUGCUUGGAAGAGAUGACGCGGCGGGACGUGCCCGGCUUCGCCAUCGGCGGCCUGAGCGGCGGCGAGGCCAAGGAUCAGUUCUGGAGGAUGGUGACGCUCAGCACCGACCCCUUGCCCAGCCUGUGGGGGAGCCCAGGGGUUUCAGACACUUGGGGCUACGCCACGGACCUGGUGGUCUGCGUCGCCCUGGGCUGCGACAUGUUCGACUGCGUCUUCCCCACCCGCACGGCGGGUGCCUGGGGCUGCUACGCCACGGACCUGGUGGUCUGCGUCGCCCUGGGCUGCGACAUGUUCGACUGCGUCUUCCCCACCCGCACGGCGCCCCGCCCCAGGUACAGCCGGGCCUUCCUGCACGCCCUGGUGCGCAGCGAGACGGUCGCCAUGCACCUGCUCACUGUGCACAACAUCGCCUACCAGCUGAGUCUGAUGCGGUCGAUCCGGGAGAGCAUUGUGGAGCAGAGGUUCCCGCAGUUCGUCCAGGACUUCAUGACGACCAUGUACGGCAGCCGGGAGCGGUACCCACCGUGGGCCGUAGAGGCCCUGGCCUCCGUCCAUAUCACCCUGGAGUGACACGGGGGGGUAACCCCCCCCUUAAACUGAGCUUGGAGCGGCAAGAGAAUCUCCUCUUGGCCUGGAUUGUUCCACCCUCUCCCUGCCCCCCAGCAGCUCCUGCUCAGGCCCCUGCGUGCGGAGCCCGGCUGGCAGGAACAAAGCCUCGUGGAGGUCAAAACCUGGAGCCCAGAGCUCUGUGCAGGGGAUGCUUGGCAGCCCCGGAGCCCUCCCGUUGGCGUGUGACAUUCCCUGGGGCAGGAGCCAUGGCCCCUCUCCCCCCCGGGGUUGUGGGGGCCAAAGGGCUCAAACCCUGCAGCCAAGCUCCUCUCCAAGUGGGUGUCUGCUUUUCAACUUUUUUUACUGUCCCUCGCCCCUUGGGAUGGGGUUGUAAUUAACGGUUACUUUUUAACGAGGCGGGGUGGGGGCUGCCCCCAGGCCCUAAUAAAAGCUGUGAAGCUGCCUAUGGAAA